UGUCAUUCGCUCUCGAUAACCCGUUCACCGAUGACCGAGCACUGAGGUCGCGUUAUUUACGCCCUGCGGAGAGCCGUCGAGUCGCCAUUGACCGAAUUGUGCCACUACCACCGAGCGACGGACGAAGUGAAAGAGGAGGAAGAAAAAUAAGAAGAAGAAGAAGAAUAAGAAGGGACAACCAGGAUAGCCGAGCGGGUAAGGCCAGAGAAGCCGGGCAGAAGAGGGAAGAGCAGCGCCGAUCGAGAGGAACGACUAAGAAAGCGGCCGGUCGAGCCGAAGGAAGGAAAUUCGCGGCCAACGUUUGCAAGUGAAAGGAGAAAAAAGAAAGAGGCCUCGUCAAGGAUUUCGACAACUUCCCGAUAGCGCGGUCGACGGUAGCGAGCGGCGAGUGCUGUCAGUUUCGCGGAGGUGUUGGCCGGCGUUGAUCGGACACCGCUGAAGACGACGAGCGGGCUAGAAGAGAGAGUGACACGAGAUGGGCACGCUGCAGCAGCAAUCUGUGCUGAAGGGCGAGCAGACGGCGCGGGACGAGAACCUGGUGCACGAGCUGUUCGUCCGGGCAGCGGCCGGCCAUCCUGACAGGACUGCGAUAUGCUACGAAGACAACAGUGGCCAGGAGCAUACGCUGACUUUCGAGCAGCUGGACAAGAUUACCAAUCGGUUGGCGCGCGCCUUGCGCAAGUAUGACAAAGUCAACGCGACUUCCUCCUCGCUCGUGGCCGUCUGCAUGAAACCUUCGGAUCGCCUGCCGACCGUGCUGCUGGCCAUCCUGAAGGCUGGCAUGGCAUACCUGCCGUUGGACGCGGAUUUCCCGACGGCCAGGGUGAAGCAUAUACUGGAGGAGGCGCAGCCGCUGAUGGUGUUGGCCGAGGAAGCGGCGGACUUGACGAUCUACGAGGACGCUUUGGUAGUGACGUACGAGCAGCUGCUGGAAGAGGCCGCGCAGGAGCAGGAGAACGCGCCGACUGCGGCCGAGCGACAUUCGGGUCAGCUUGCCAUCGUACUCUACACUUCCGGCAGCACUGGAAUUCCGAAAGGUGUGCUGAUACCUCAUGCGACGCUGCUGAACCGCCUGCAGUGGCAAUGGCGAAGAUUGCCGUACGCCGACGACGAGGAGAGCUGCGUUUUCAAGACCUCCCUCACGUUCGGCGACAGUGUCCCGGAAAUCUGGGGCCCGCUGCUGCGGGCUCGCACCCUGGUGGUGGUGCCGAAGAGCGUGACCAAGGACCCGGAGAGGUUUGUGCCGCUGUUGGAGAAGCAUCAGAUACAACGCUUGGUGCUCGUGCCGUCGUUGCUGCGCUCAUUGCUCAUGUAUUUGGGUCUGCGGGACUACGGUAAUGACAGCGUUCUCGGCCGCCUGAGACUUUGGAUCUGCUCCGGCGAGACCUUGCCGGUAGCGCUGGCCGAGCAGUUUUUUGCCACGUUCGGCGACCACGGCAAGACGUUGGCUAAUUUCUACGGCAGCACGGAAAUCAUGUGCGACGUCACGUACCACCUGCUGAGCCAACGCGCGCAGCUGCAGGGGAUGGAGAAAGUGCCGAUCGGCAAACCGAUCGACAACUGCAUAAUUUACCUGGUGGACAAGGAUAUGCGAUUGGUCCCUCAGGGGAAGGUCGGCGAGUUGAUCGUGGCCGGAAGAAACCUCGCCGCGGGUUAUAUACGCGGACGGGACGCACAUAAAUUUUUGGACAGUCCUUACGCCAUCGAUCCAGAGUAUCCGAGGAUCUUCCGUACGGGCGACUACGCCAGGAUUGUCAAAGGAUCCGUAAUUUACGAAGGCCGAGUCGACUCGCAGAUCAAGAUCAGGGGCCACCGCGUCGACCUCGCGGAGGUCGAGAGGGCGAUCGUCAGGGUACCCGGCGUCGACAAGGUCGUGGUUCUCAGCUACAAACCCGGCGAGCUGUCACAGGCGCUGGUAGCCUUCAUUAGCAUCGCGGGCGGCGCGAGCCUGUCUAGCUCGGAGGUCGAGCAUCUCCUGCAAAGAACGCUGCCGCCGUACAUGCUGCCGCAAAUCGUCGUCGUCGAUCGCAUACCCCUGAUGAUCAACGGCAAGACGGAUCGGCAGGCGUUGCUGAAGCAGUACGAGGCGUCUUGCCCCAACGACGAAGACGAGGUGGCCGCCAAGUGCGAUUACAGCGACGUGCCGAGCCAAGACCUUGCGAAGGCCCGUGUUCUCUUCCCGACCAUCGCGUCCGUAAUCGGCCUCAACGGCCGUGCAAUGGUGACGUCGCACGCGAAUUUCUACAAGCUCGGCGGGAACUCGUUGAAUUCCAUCUACACGGUGACCAAACUGCGCGACCAGGGUUACCACAUCGGCAUCACGGACUUCAUCACGGCCAAGAGUCUGACCGAUAUGCUGGGCCGCAUGAAACUUAUCUCCAGCGUGGAGGAGCCGCUGAACGAGAGCAUCGAUCAGGAGUCGUAUAUCUACGAGCCGUUGCACGACCGCCACAAGGACGACGUGAUCGAAAUAAUCACGGAGAGCUUUUACUCGAAAGCCGAUUUGGAGCGGUGGUUGAUGCCGGACAUCACGAGAGCCGAUUACCGGGAUCUGAUUGACUCCAUGUGGCGGCCGCUCGUGGAGAAGAGCUUGAGUUUCGCCAUGAAGUCGGCGCAGACCGGCAAAACGAUCGGGAUCACUCUCAACUUUGAUCUCUGGGACAAGCCCGAGGUGGUGCUGAACUCCAAGUUGACAGUCAUCUUGGACUUUCUCGAGUAUCUGGAAGAGCCGAUCAUAGAGAACAGAUUGCCCAAGGGUAAAGGCCAGAUUAUUCAUAACUUUAUGAUGUCGACCAACAGCGAGCUGAACGCGGCGGAGAACGUGCUCAUAAUGAGGCAGAUGGAAGAGCACUGCUUGGAGCUCAUCAAGCGGGAGAAGUACGUCGGCAUCUUCACGACCAACACCAGCCCGCUCACACAGCAACUCGGUACAGACGUGUACGGCUACGAGACCCUGUUGACGUACCAAGUGAACAAGUACGAGGCACCCGACGGCAGCAAGCCUUUCGGCAAGGCUCCCGACAGCCAAUUGGCCAUCUGCUCAUUGAAGAUGAUCAAUUGAUUUGAAGCGAAGCAAUUGAAGAUACCCAGGCAGAACAGAAAAUCAUGAUGACAUCAAAAUGACGAGGAAAACUCAUUUUUCCAUCAUGAUUCGAUCAUUUUCUCGUCAUUUUUAUGUUAUCAUGAUCUUCUGUUUUCCCUGAGUACAUCAGUACUGAACUGGAGCAGCGUACGAAAAGUGCACGGUGCUCCUUCUGAUUGAAUUCAAUUCAAUCUGUAUAUAUAUUGUUGUGUCCGAGCCACAAGGUUUGUGGCAGCGUCCGUUGUCCGUGAGCCUUAAGCAUCUGAUGCUGAUUUUGACAACUGAACGAAGAUUGUCUGGACGACGGAAAAUCGACAAGAAGAAAAUAACAACAGCUGACUGAGAGUCUCUGACCAGUCAUCUGACCUGUCAUCGAGGACAGACGAGAGAAUUGAGAAUUAUCAAGUAGAGAAUUAUUCUUGUUUAAAGCUUGAGCGAGCUGCGUUGUAAAUAGUAAAGUUUGUUAUUCUUA